UCAGGUUUUUGCAACUGACUCCACUACAGACGUCUACUAAUUUAAGAGAAAGAAGAGGGAAGAGAAAAGAUUAUAUUUCAGAAACAGGAAUAAGAACUUGCAGGGAAGAUGAAGUUUAUCUUUAUUGGCUUAGUUUUCUUCUGCAUACUGAUGAACAUGUUAACAGAUGCUCGGCCGAUUCAAGAUGAAGAUGAUCCCUAUCAAGUACCUGCCUCCAUGCCCUACUGGCCUUUCUGGUCUAAUGAUUUCUGGUCAUAUGUGGAGUAUUUCCGGACCCUGGGAGCAUACAACAGAAUCAAUGAAAUGGCCAGAACCUUCUUUGCUCACUACCCUAUUGGAAAUGGCCUUGGUUACCAUGUUCCAGCUCAUGAACACUAGUGACUUUACUCAUUUUGCUAAUGCUAAUGAUGAGGUAUUUAAAGGAAUGUACCGCUGCCAGUAAACUCGUGAAUUGCCAGUUCAGUCACUUCUGUCAUUUCUAUGCUUUUUAACUGUUUGAGUAUCAUAUACUGUAUAGUAUUUGCUUUUUUGUAAAAUUGCACAUGAUUUUAGUGUAGUUUAUAUUUUUA